AUGCCAACAGAAAUCUCCGCCCCUCUUCACUUCCGCACCCUCCUAAACGCCCACACCUAUCUCAUCGCAGACUUCUACGCAACCUGGUGUCCACCAUGCAAACAAAUCGCACCCGUCUACAACCAAUUCUCCAACGCACAUUCUGUACCCGGAAAGUUCGCUUUCGUCAAAGUCAAUGUCGACGAGCAGCGCGAAAUAGCGGGGCAAUAUGGGGUUACGGCUAUGCCGACGUUUAUGCUAUUCAAGGACGGGAAGAAGAUUGAGGAAGUCAGGGGUGCGGAUGUGAGGGGGUUGAAGGCGAUGGUGGAGAAGGCUGGCGGGGACGUUAAGGCGAUGGAAGAGAAGGCGAAGAAGACUGAGGAGGCAAAGAAGGCGACUGAGAAUGGGAAGGGAGAGGAGGAAGAGAAGACAGUUAGUGGGAGUUAUGGGAUGACCGGAGGAAAUCAUUGGAAGAUGUCGUUGAAUUAG